AUGGCUUCCCAAAUGUUGAGCUUGCCAAUGAUCGUUGUUGGAACACUGCUCUUCGGGCGCACUACAGCCUGGAGUGCAUUCAAUGGGAACUGCACGCUCCCAGCCUCUGAUACAAACUAUGUCGCCAAUCCGAAUGCUCGAGGCACAUUGGGCAUUCUUUGGGAAUGCCUGCUGAUUAUCCUUUUAUGCACCUGGAGCAUUCUACACCUCAACGUCCCUGUUAUUCGACCUGAGCCCAAGACCUUCUUCCGGAAAUGUGGGAGGUUGAUUGAAGACUCCUGGCCCAAAGCCAAAUGGAUGGCCCUUACGAUUUUCGUGCCGGAAUAUAUCAUUGCGAAGGCGCUCACGGACCUACUCGCCGCGAGAAAUGCCAGAAAUCACGGAGUACAGAUAGCCCCUACUGUGACCCAGGCGCAUUUGGCCAAUAUGGGUUACUUCGUCCUCGAUACCAAGGGUCUAAUACAAGAUGUAGCAGAUAAUUCGAGCCAGGAUACGAAGCAGAGGGUGUCCGCAGAGCCCGGCUUCGACCGCGAUAAGUUCUGGGAUGAUUUCUAUACAAACGCUUUCCGGUUGAAGAAUUACCCGCGACUUUGCAAAUCAAAACAGUUCAAGUUACGAUACUGGGCUCUCAAUGUCGCCCAGUGGCACGAGAUCUCCAAGGUAAUGCCCAACUUGGUCGAUUUCCCCGAACUUUCCCAUGCUCAGCUUCAGCAGUUGGGUGGACAGGACGCACUGGUCACAUUACUCGCUCUGGUUCAGAUCAUUUACGUGAUCAUUCAGCUUAUUGUGCGCCAAUCCCAAAAUCUCCCCGUCUCUCAGCUAGAGGUCGCCACGCUCGCCUUUGCUGUAAGUAGCGUUUUCACUUACGCUUUGUACUGGACCCGUCCACAAAAUGUGCAGUCUUUCUAUGUCAUCCAGCCAAACAGAAAGCUAUCCACAGUGGACUUUCAGCGGUUGGUAGAUGCUAUCGACAGAUACCCUUCGGGAUCUCUCUGGCUUGGAGGCGCUGCACCCCGAGUCUUCCCAGAUCUCGGCCCUUCUCCAAUUCCCAAUGACGCUACUGCGCGCAUUGGCAAGGGCUCAACAGGACAGGCUUACGAUUUUUACUAUUCGUCCGCAAUUGCGACGCGCAACUCUACCUCGUCUUCCAUCGCCGCUGUUCCCUUGACCGCCAUGGACAACCAGAAGGGCUACAUUGGGCACAAGGCGGUACAUGAGUCAAUUUCAUCACUCACGCUGCAGUAG